AUGGGGGCAUCUUCUAAAGACAAGCGAGACAUAUACUAUCGCUUGUGUAAAGCUGAAGGCUUUCGUGCUCGAUCGGCCUACAAGCUCAUCCACCUCAAUGAAAUUUACGGAUUCUUAGACGAAAAGCCAUCGAGGGUGAUCGACCUCUGUGCUGCCCCCGGGUCUUGGUCUCAGGUUCUGUCCAAAGCAUUAUCAAAAUCGGGCUCCCGAAUCGUGGCCGUCGAUUUGCAAGCAAUGGCGCCUCUUGAGGGUGUCAAACAGAUCACUGGCGAUAUCACCUCGGGUCAGACAGCUGAAGCCGUCAUUCGAGCCCUUGCGGGGAGCGGUAGUACCGCAAACAGAGCCGAGGCGCAGUUGAUCGUGUGCGAUGGAGCUCCCGAUGUGACCGGACUUCAUACACUCGACGAGUACCUUCAAUCCCAGCUCCUGGUCUCCGCCUUGACAAUCACAGUUCGUUUGCUCUGCAUAGGCGGAACUUUUAUCGCUAAGAUCUUUUGUCGCCGAGGAGACCAACAAGACACAAGCAGUGCCUUAGCCUGCCAGCUUCGAACUUUGUUCGAGCAUGUGGACAUCGUCAAGCCGAGGAGUAGCAGGAAGAGUAGCAUGGAGCACUUCGUUGUCUGCCGAGGCUUC